GCAUCGUACCGAACACGUGCUUCCGUGGUUUAAAAAUGGCGGCUGUCGAAGAAAAUGUUGACUUGUCUCAAUUCACCAUAUCUAGUGAAACUCCAAUCAAUUUUCUGGAAUGCCAGACUGCAUUUGAUGGGCUCUCGGAUAAUGAAAAGCUUUAUUCUCAUUAUCUAUUGAAAGCUUCAUGGGAAGGUAGUUUGAUAUGCCUGCUUCAGACUUCACCUGAAGGACCGAGAAUUUUUCAACUUCUUCAAAGACUGUUCAGUUCUGAGAGUGUCAAUGAAUUGAAAGAACGGGCAUUGAAGGCUGACAAUGGGCCAACGUCGGAGGAAUUUGAUAGCUUCCUGAUGUAUGUGGCUGCAUUUUAUGGUAAUAUUGGAAACUACAAGUCAUUUGGUGAUACCAAGUUUAUUCCUGCAUUACCUAAGGAUAAAGUCCAAUCUAUCGUAUACUCAAGUAAGGCAUACACUGAUGAUUCUAAGCAAGUAGAAAGACUGUGGCAGGACUGUAAAGAACCCAUGUAUUCUCUUAAAGCAGCAGUUAGACAGCUUGGCUUUGGUGAUCAGGCAAUGUCUACUUACUAUUCAAGCAACUGUGAUAAAUCUGAUGCUGAAUUUGUUCAAGGAUUUUUGAAAGAAAAGAACAUUGAUGCAUAUAAUACCCGGUUGUUUAAAGAAGUUGAUGGCAGCAACAAAGUAACUUAUAAUCUACGAAUUGCAUCAGUUUGUACAUCAGCUGAGCCUUGUAGCAGUGCAAAAGAUGAAGAUGAUGUGGCUAGUCUGAUUGGAUCACAUGACUACAAAGACUGUACUAUAAAUAUAACWAGAGGAGACUAUGCUGGACUUCUGAAGAGAGUUGUUGACAACCUGGAGAAAGCACAUGAAUUUGCAUCAAAUGAAAAUGAGAAAUCAAUGCUAAAGAACUACAUCAAAAGCUUCAGUACUGGUAGUGUUMAGGCMCAUAAGGAUGGCUCACGAUUCUGGAUUAGAAAUAAAGGCCCCAUUGUUGAAACGUAUAUAGGCUUCAUUGAGAGUUACAGAGAUCCGUUUGGUGUCAGGGCAGAGUAUGAAGGUUUUGUGUCAAUAGUCAACAAAGAAAUGAGUGCCAAGUUUGGGCAGUUAGUAGAAAGUGCAGAGGAACUUCUGCCGUGUCUACCUUGGCCACCAGCAUAUGAAAAGGACAAAUUUCUACGACCUGACUUUACUUCAUUAGAUGUACUUGGCUUUGGUAGCAGUGGGAUCCCUGCUGGCAUCAACAUCCCUAACUAUGAUGAAAUCAGACAAAAAGAAGGAUUUAAAAAUGUUUCCUUGGGCAAUGUUCUSUCUGCACAUUCUGGUGACCAGAAAAUUACUUUCUUAAAUGAACAAGAUGCAGACUUGUACAAAAACCUUAAAGCGCCUUCGUUUGAAGUCCAAGUUGGGCUGCAUGAGCUKCUUGGACAUGGAAGCGGUAAACUCUUCAACAAGCAAGAUGACGGAACCUUCAACUUUGAUGUAGAGAAUGUUAUGCACACCGAAACAGGAGAGAAGAUAAAAAGUUGGUAUACUGAGGGCGAGAACUGGUACACCAAGUUUGCUGAUGUUAGUUCGUCUUAUGAAGAGUGUCGAGCUGAAUGUGUCGGGAUCUAUUUAUGUCURAAUAGAGAGGUCCUCAGAAUAUUUGGCCACGAAGGCGAAGCCGCUGACAAUAUUAUUUACAUCAACUGGCUCAACAUGGUUCGCGCUGGUCUGCUGGGGCUUGAGUUCUACACACCGGAAAAUGACGCUUGGCGACAGGCCCACAUGCAAGCGCGGUACGUCAUUUUGGGUGUUCUUCUUGAGGCUGGACAAGACUUAGUGAAGUUAACAAGAACYACAGGUUCUGAUGGCCAACCCGAUUUGCUAUUGACACUAGAUCGAAGUAAGAUCGAGACUGUGGGUAAACCAGCCAUAGGAGAUUUUCURAGAAAGCUACAGGUUUACAAGUCGACAGCAGACUACAAYGCCGGAAAAGCUCUUUAUGACCGCUACUCCAAGGUCCAGGACGAGUUCCUGGAAUAUCGUAAAAUCGUCCUUGCCAGGAAGACACCACGACGUAUGUUCGUCCAGGCAAAUACCACUUGYMAAGAUAACACUGUAUCUCUAAUCAAAUAUUCAGCCGACACGGAAGGAAUGAUCAAAUCUUUCACGGCACGCUUCCCCAGUGAUGACAGUGUUUUGGAAGAGUUAUGGAAAGCUGAUCAACCUCACCACAAAUACUACUAAUCCGCGGRACAUCGUUAUUAUUAAUAAUGCUUACUCKUAACCAGUSUKCACUCGACGCUCUCUGCAGAGAGGGCCUUGGGAAUGAGGAAGAGGAACAUGAUKAGCAGUCUGUAUUCGGUGAAUAGGCGCUGAAUGAUGGUUUGAMSAUGUCAUGCUAGUGUAACACUAGAGCCUUCGCUGAAGGCAUGUAAUUGUCUGAGAAUCCUAAAUAGUUGCUCAAUCUUCUUUUCUUCACGAUCAAAUGUUAUCARUUUGUUCCAAGCACUCACUCMAUGCCCGAUURCACACACUUAGGUGUUUAAUUGGCGUGAAACAAAUUGUCAUGCGCGAUAGUCAAAUAUACACAAAAUAAAUGUUKUUUUUCUUUA